AUGAGCCAUUUCAAUGAAGUAUAUGAUGAUUACGAUAGCCAAGAUAAUUUCCAGAACAAAACAAAUCUAGGCUUUGGAGAUAUUUCUAUUUCAAAUUUUUAUUCAGAGAAUUAAAAUAGUCAUUAUAAUUUAAAUUCUAUUAAACUUGACCAUUAAAGUUAAAAUGAGGGUCAUGAUAGAAUUAAGAAAAAAAUUAAAAGAAUCUAAACUGAGAACAAUAAGCCAGGAGAAACUAAAAAUAUUCCUAAAAAUCUUGCUAGUGUAUUAAAGAAAUUCAUUGAGAAAAUGCUAUCAAAUAAAAAUGAUGAAGCUUUGAGAUCUUUUUCGAAAUGCAGAGAUUGGAUUAAGUUCAAACAUAUUCCACAUGAUAACAUUAGGAAAAAUUAAAUAGAAUUUUUUUUAUAAACUCCUUUCGGAAAAUUAAUUGGUAGAUAAUUUUUUGGAAAUUGUCUAUGGGCAUCCUACUUUGUCUAAGAAUAUAAAACUAAUGUAACCCUUUAUUACAAAUACACUUUAUAAUAUUUUCAGUAAACCUAUAAAACACAUUAAAAAUCAAGUAAAUUCACAAAAAAAUAAUGA